AUGUUUGAAUAAAAAUUUAAAGAUUUAAGAGCAAAGAUGAAGCCAAAAAAAGUAAAGAAGAUAAGCCUCUCAUUAAAAUAAUAACUUAUUGAAAGUGUAAUGAAUGAUCACUUAUCUAUUCAUCAAGUAAGCUAUUUAUUUUUAUUUAUAAGGCUUCUAAACUUCAUUCCAUCAACUACUCAUCAGCUAAAUAUAUUAUAAACUUAUAUAAAAAAUUAGGUACUGUGGCUCCUCAGCAGUCAAAGCAUAGAAGAAAACCUAAGUUUUAUAUUCUCAACACAUCAGUUUUAGUGGACUACAAUUCUGGGGAGAUUUUACUAUAUAAAUAAAAUUAAAUUAAAAAAUAGAGACAAUAAGAUAACUAAUAGAUAACUAUACAGAAAGGAUUGAUCAUGACCUCAAAAACAAUAUUUAAGACACUUUAAAUAAACUAAAAAAAUAUUUCUUAAUCAAAUUCUGAUUAGAAACAAUAUCCAACCUUUACCGACUUAUUAGAACUAAAAAAUUUCCUCUAAAUUCAACACAAGUUAAUGGUAUCAUGA